AUGUUCAUCUGUGCACUCUGUCCAUUGCCGCUAGAACUUGGUGAAUGGGGUCGAGGCAAAUUUACAUCGAAGUCAUUACAUACAUUCAAUGUUUUCGUCUCCAUUGCUAUGUUCUUUCGGUUAUAUUGGCUAUGUAGAGUAAUGCUGCUUCACUCAAGGUUAUUCACGGAUGCUAGUAGCAGAAGUAUAGCUGGCUUAAAUCGAGUAAAUUUUAACGCUCGUUUCAUUUUGAAGACGCUUAUGACGCUUUGCCCAGGCAAAAUGCUCAUGCUAUUUACGGCGUUUCUAUGGAUCGUAUCCGGCUGGAUUUUACGCUUAUGUGAAAGGUAAGG